AUGGAGACACGCACCGAGGGCGCACCGUUGUCAGACACGGAUACACAAGGACCCCCGAAACGAAUCCGCCGAUGGCAUCACCGAGGAUUUACAGGCUGUUCCACCUGUCGCCGCCGCCAUGUUCGCUGCGACGAGGCCUCUCCCGCCUGUAAUAACUGUGUCCGUCUUGGACGCGAGUGCGAUGGCGCUCAAGGGCGGAUGACCUUCAAGGUUUACGGACCCUCCCAGACACCGACGAGUUCACCGCCAGAGUUAUCCAGGGCACCGAAGAGGCAGAACAACAAUUCAACUUCUAGCCCAGAUUCAAGCGACGCUUCUACGGCCUCUCCCUUAGGGGAAGAUGUUGACAGCCCGCAAACUUGCCAGGCUAUGAUCGCCCCCACAACGCGACCACAACCAGCAACCAAGUUCCGCUUCCAGGAUCCUGUUACCUUCACCAGCAUCGCGAAAUCGAUUCAGCGUACCGAGGAGCGUUAUCUCGCUCAUUUUGCGGAUCAGGUAUCAACUCUCCUGAUCAUCUACAACACCCCGCACAAUGCCAAUCCCUACCGCACACAUUUUCCGGAUUUCGCCCGUUCGUCGCCAACGAUGGCCAAUGCAAUGCAGGCAUUGGGCGCAUUACAUCUCGCAAAUACAUCGGUGGGGUCGCAGCGGAAUAGGCAUUUCCAGCAGGCAAUGAGCAAAUACGGUGUGGUGGUGAAGGGCUUCCGCGCACGAUACUCCGAUCCUAGCCAGCAGCUUGGAUUAACGGAUUUCGCGACAUGCCUAUUGCUCUCCUUGUUCGAGAUGAUGGAUUCCCAACACCACAACUGGGCAGUACAUCUCAAAGGAGCUCGCGAAAUCUACAACAUCCUCUUCUACCCGCAACCCGGAGACUCGGCACGUGAAGCACAACGCGUCGCCGAGACGAACCACCCACUCCGUCCAUUCCUCGUCUCCCUACUAUCCUAUCUCGAUGUGGCGGGUGCGUGUGCAACCCCCGGCGGUACCGUGGUCGAAGGUAAUUACUGGAAGACCAUGGGCGGAGGGUGGGAAUACAAUCUCGGGACACCAACCUUAUUGUCAACGAUUCCGGAUAACCCGCGUCUGGUCGAGCUACGGCAGGCAUGGUCAAGUCUGAUGGAAGUGCAAGCAGCUAUCAGUACAUUUGCAUAUGACAAGAAAACGUGGAUGACAAUCGAGCAGUCGGACGCUAUGUAUAAAGACAUAUUCAACCAGCUGGUUGUAUGGCGUGCGAUGACCCCACCCUGUCUACAGCUGCUCACCGAUUUGGAUGACGAGAGCCUUGCUCAGUAUCCAUAUCCCGACGUUCUUGAGCAUGCCGGUUGCAUUGAAGCAUACGAGAAGGCGACCUUCGUUCAUCUGCUUCAGGUCGCUGGAGCUGGGCGUGUCGGUUGGAUCACCGAUUGGACGUACAUGGACAUGCUUGUCAGUCGGAUUCUUCUUCUGGCUUACAAAUUGCCAAAAGAUGUCGGCCAAUUGGCUUUUCUAUGGCCGCUUUUCAUCGCCGGGCAGGAGACUCGGAACGAGAGUGAGCAGAAAUACGUUCGCCAAACCAUGCAAGAGCUGAAGCGGUUUGGUUUCAGGAACGUCGACAAAGCACUCGAGGUCCUAGAAGGAGUCUGGUUCAAGCGACGCUCCUUUCCUGGCGGUUGGAUCCAGACCUUGGAGGAAGUUCAGACGAAUAUCCUUCUUCUCUGA